AUGGGGACGAGGGAGAGAGAUGGUGAUGAAGAGCUCCUCCUUGUACCAGUUGGUGGUGGAGGAGGAGGAGCAGCCUCUCUACCUCCUCCUCCUCCCAUUUCCCAUAUUCACUCUGGUCAUGAGGCAUUUUCUAAAGUGAUUCGCAGCUGGGCUUCGAAGAAGUUUAUGACAGGAUGUGUCAUACUUCUUCCAAUGGCUAUCACAUUCUAUGUAACAUGGGGUUUCAUCCACUUUGUCGAUGGUUUCUUCUCUCCAAUCUACAAUGAACUGGGCAUCAAUAUUUUCGGUCUGGGAUUUGUUACCUCCAUCACCUUCAUCUUUUUGGUUGGAGUUUUCAUGUCAUCCUGGUUGGGAGCUUCGGUUCUUACUCUCGGUGAAUGGUUCAUCAAGAAAAUGCCUCUUGUGAGCUAUAUUUAUGCUGCAUCAAAGCAAAUAAGUGCAGCAAUAUCGCCAGACCAGAGCUCUAAUGCUUUCAAGGAAGUGGCUAUUAUAAAACAUCCACGUAUUGGGGAGUAUGCAUUUGGAUUCAUUACUUCUAGUAUAGUUGCUCUUCAGAGGAGCCUAGGCGAAGAACAACUCUGCUGUGUUUAUGUGCCUUCGAACCACCUCUAUAUUGGAGACAUAUUUCUUAUUAACUCCAAUGAUGUUCUCAGGCCCAAUCUGUCCGUACGAGAAGGGAUUGAAAUUGUUAUCUCUGGGGGUUUGUCAAUACCCCAAAUAUUGACUACAAUGGAUGCACCACAAGCCAUCCCAGGUGGAAGAAUUGGCAAAGCUCGGAGCAUCAGUAGUAUAGCUGUGAGUAUGGUUGUGAAACAGUAA